AAUAACAUUGCUCGAUUCGACUCAUGACUGUCGACUGCACUCAAGCUAGCCGGUAUCAAUAAUUCAGGAUAACAUUUAUUUAUACAUCUAUCAUCCAUAUAUUAGUUGAAUUAUAGUUUUUUUCAAGCGUGUCACUACUCGGCUCUUUGAUCAUGUUGUUUUACUCGUUUUUCAAGUCACUGGUGGGAAAAGAUGUGGUUGUUGAACUCAAGAAUGAUCUAAGUAUUUGUGGGGUUCUGCAUUCAGUGGACCAAUACUUGAAUAUUAAACUGACAGAUAUCUUAGUUACUGAUCAAGAUAAAUAUCCUCAUAUGAGAUCUGUUAAAAAUUGUUUUAUCAGAGGAUCUGUUGUUCGUUACGUUCAGUUACCUGGAGAUGAAGUUGAUACCCAAUUACUACAAGAUGCAGCAAGGAAAGAAGCAACAACACAGACCCGAUAGUGUAUUAUAAUUUUUCUUUUAGAUGUAAUAUAGCAUAAUUAAGAGUAGGCAUCAGAUGCAAAAUAUCAUUUUUAGUCAUUUGAUGCCUGCGAUUACAAUAAUUGUAAACAUCAACACAAUGACAUUCUGAAUAUAGGGUAAUAAUCUUAUUGCUUUAAUUCAGAUGAACUUGCAGUAAACAAUCUAAUUACAAAAUACAGCUACAAAUUGAUUAUGUGUAAUUAUCACAUAUUAUGAUUUGUCUAACCAAUUAAUUUUGGCGAGGCAGUUUAUAAAACCAAUGAAUUUUUCUCAAAGAUGACAAUUUUGUAAAAUGAUGAUGAAUCAAUUAACGAUAUUGAUUAAAUAUUUUGAAUACUAA